AUACCUCCCCACCACUUGCACUCCGGAGAUCGGGGGAAGCGAUAGAGACGCCGUUCUCAGAGCUAGACUUCCACAGCCGUACCAGCCUCCUCCUCCCGCGGAACCACACAGACCUUAAAAACCACACCGAUCCAGAGCCUUCGAUCCAGGCAUGGCCACCAUCACCUGCACCCGUUUCACUGAGGAGUACCAGCUUUUCGAAGAACUGGGCAAGGGAGCAUUUUCAGUGGUGCGCAGAUGCGUGAAGGUGCUGUCGGGACAGGAGUAUGCCGCCAAGAUCAUAAACACCAAGAAGCUUUCCACCCGUGAUCACCAGAAGCUGGACAGAGAGGCCAGGAUCUGCAGGCUGCUGAAGCACCCCAACAUCGUGCGUCUCCAUGACAGUAUCUCUGAGGAAGGGCACCACUACCUUAUCUUCGAUCUAGUUACGGGUGGAGAAUUGUUUGAAGACAUUGUUGCCAGGGAAUAUUAUAGUGAGGCCGAUGCCAGCCACUGUAUCCAGCAGAUCCUGGAGGCUGUGCUUCAUUGCCAUCAGAUGGGAGUUGUCCACCGAGAUCUCAAGCCCGAGAAUCUCCUCCUGGCUUCCAAAUCCAAGGGAGCCGCGGUGAAGCUGGCGGACUUCGGCCUGGCCAUCGAGGUGGAGGGUGACCAGCAGGCGUGGUUCGGCUUCGCCGGGACACCUGGCUACCUGUCUCCUGAGGUUCUGCGCAAGGACCCCUACGGAAAGGCGGUGGAUCUGUGGGCGUGCGGCGUAAUCCUGUACAUCCUGCUUGUGGGAUACCCCCCCUUCUGGGAUGAGGACCAGCACAGGCUCUACCAACAGAUCAAGGCUGGGGCCUAUGAUUUCCCCUCUCCCGAGUGGGACACGGUCACCCCCGAGGCGAAGGACCUCAUCAACAAGAUGCUGACCAUCAACCCAGCCAAGCGCAUCACCGCCUCAGAGGCCCUGAAACAUCCCUGGAUCUCUCACCGCUCCACAGUGGCUUCCUGCAUGCACAGGCAGGAGACCGUGGAGUGCCUGAAGAAGUUCAACGCCAGGAGGAAGCUGAAGGGUGCCAUCCUCACCACCAUGCUGGCAACACGGAACUUCUCUGGGGGGAAGAGCGGGGCCAAGAAGGCAGAUGGAGUGAAGAAAAGGAAGUCCAGUUCCAGCGUCCAGCUCAUGGAAUCUUCGGAGAGCACCAACACGACCAUCGAAGACGAGGACACCAGAGCGAGGAAGCAGGAGAUCAUCAAAGUUACUGAGCAGCUAAUAGAAGCCAUCAGUAAUGGAGACUUUGAGAGCUACACGAAGAUGUGCGAUCCCAGUGUGACGGCUUUCGAACCCGAGGCCCUCGGCAAUUUGGUGGAGGGCCUGGACUUCCACCGGUUUUACUUUGAGAACCUGUGGUCGAAGAACAGCAAGCCGGUGCACACCACCAUCCUGAACCCGCACAUCCACCUGAUCGGCGAGGAGGCAGCCUGCAUCGCCUACAUCCGCAUCACCCAGUACAUCGACACCAACGGCAUGCCGCGCACCGCGCAGUCCGAGGAGACGCGCAUCUGGCACCGGCGAGACAGCAAAUGGCAGAUCGUCCACUUCCACCGCUCCGGGGCGCCCUCCGCCAUGACCAAGUAAAUCCUCCGGGCUGAACUGCUGAAGCGGAGGAGUUGAGUGAGGCAUGUCUCCAUGACGCCAGUCAUCAGCUACCUGUGUGUGGGGACAGUGUGGGUCCCACACCUGCCUGUGGAACCCCGCCCUCCGUAUUUCAUCACUGACUUGUUUAUACCUUCACUUCAUCAACAUGAAUGCUAUGUUGCUAUCUUUAAAAUAACGUAACAGAAACAAACUAUAAUCCAUAUAUGUGUAUAUAUAUGUAUGUAUAUAUAUAUAUAGAUAAUAGUUUGUCACUUAUAUAAUUUGUUACUUUAUUUCAUCUUCCCUUCCCUCUGUUUUUGUCUUAAUUAUUAUCACUUAAGAUAUAGCGAGAUGAACUUCGGGUUUUCCGACUUUAUCAGUCAUUACCAGACUUGCUUUAACCUUCAUAUACUACUAGCAGUAACCUUUAAAACACAGCCGUUGUGACUAGUACAUGGCAGCUGUAAAACACAGUCAUAUCGCAGCAUUACCAUUGACAUUUAGCACCAGAGUGCUGGUACAUUGCGGGGUUAGCAAUUACAUAGCUGCACUAUGUACACGUUCCAACGCCCAGAUACACAUUGUACUUGAUUACUCAGACUUUUUGUCAAAUUAUAUCUUUCACACCCUUUCAAAUGCACCUGGCUGAUCACAUUGGUUUUCAAUGAAAUUUCCAGAGAUUUAACAAAACAAUGAAGAUGUGCCAUAAUGCCCCCCUUGAAAAAAAAGUGCAUCUCCCUCACAUUUUUGUUUACAUCCUAAAAUUUACAUCUUAGAUUAUAUCAAUAUGGCUCUGGUCUGCAGUACUCUCUGUGUCCUGCACAGUGAUGACAUCAUAGGCUUUUCCACCAAUUACAGUGAAACUACUGGAAAACACAGUGGACUGUCAAAUCGGUAGUCAUAAAACAAGCACUCAAUAGUCAAAAAGUUUCACUUCCAUUCCAUAUAUGGUCACAACCUCAAAUUUAACUCAAACAGUCAGGAAUAUAAAGCAAGUAUCCCAUAAAUAUUGGAAUAGGGCAAAAAUUACAUCUUGAAGAACAAUUUAGGAUGAGAAAGAAAUGGCUGUUUUCUCAUUUGAUUGUGCCUGCCCCUGCUGUAAGAAAUUAAGUAAUUUAACUGUUUUUUCAAAUUUUUACUAUAUGGGGAAGGAGAAAUGAUGGAACGACAGACAAUUCAUUUUGUAGUGUAGUGUUAUCGAAAAUGUAAAUGAUUUUCUUUCUUAUAUUCCACUUCAACUUGAAGAGGAGGAUAUGUCUUUCGCUAACUGAAUAAGUUCAGGGUGGUUUUACUGUAGCUGGGUGGUAUUGUUACUGUAUCUCUGCAGACUUCUUUAAAGAAAGCAUGGAAAGGCCAGAUCUUCUGGUCAUAAUUUACAGAUCAGGUGCUUAACCAGAAGUUAACGUGGAUGAUGAUGUGUUUGGCUUCUUUUUAUUUAAUUUUUUACCCCCAAACCCCCUACAAAAUAUUGCAUAUGUGGUGAACUUGCAUGCUAAAAACUUUGUUGAUUUCCAAAGUUCCAAAGCCUGUUUGUUUGUGUUAUGACAUUGCACAGUCAGGUACCGCCCUGGUGAAUAUGGAGGUCGAGUGAUCAACGCACUUUGUUUUUUUGUUCUUCCAGUAGAGAUGCUGAGUUCAUAGCCACUUCCCCACAGCAGUACUCUGUCUGUCCGUCCGGCUGGCUGUUCAUCUGCACAGUAACGAGGGCUUGGGUGUUUGACUGUUGACACGGCUGAGCUUGGUAGCCAGGGAGGGAAUUUUUGUGUUGUGGUAUAUAGCGUAUAUCAGGCUUCAAAAAAAAAAAAAAAAAAAAGCAAUUUGUUAAAGGCCAAUGAAACUAUCCAGAGAUUUUUU